CGAGCGGGAUGAUGACGUCACUAAGUGAGCAUGGCUGCGCGCGGGCUGCGGACCGGCGACCCGGCAGCUCGGGACUCUGAGGGUGCUGCUGGGGGGUUCCGAAGACGAGGUCGGAGAAUUUCUGAAGCGCAAAGUAACACCAAGAGAGUUCAUAAUAGCAACACAACAGAAGACCUUCCUCCUGCCAAAAAAAUGCCCACGUGCCAGAGACAAGGAAUGAAAGAGGGCCAUGUGGCUGGAGGAAAGGAGGAGGAAAAGAAAGAGUCUGUGAGGACCUUCCUGCUCAAGAGCAAAGCUCCUGUGGAUGAAGAAUGUAAAGCCAAGGUGGGAAAGGCUCAUGUAUAUUGUGAAGGAAAUGAUGUCUAUGAUGUCAUGCUAAAUCAAACCAAUCUUCAGUUCAACAACAACAAGUAUUAUCUUAUUCAGCUGUUAGAAGAUGAUGCUCAAAGAAACUUCAGUGUUUGGAUGAGAUGGGGCAGAGUUGGGAAAGUGGGGCAGCAGAGCUUGGUGGCUUGUUCAGGUGAUCUCAACAAGGCAAAGGAAAUCUUUCAGAAGAAAUUCCUUGACAAAACAAAAAACAAUUGGGAAGACCGUGAAAAAUUUGAAAAAGUGCCUGGAAAAUAUGACAUGCUACAGAGGGACUAUGCUGCUAGUACUCAGGAUAAAGAUGAAACAAAACAAGAGGAAUCUCUUAAUGCCCCCAUGAAACCAGAGUCACAGCUACAUCUUCGGGUGCAGGAGCUAAUAAAGUUGAUCUGUAAUGUACAAGCCAUGGAAGAGAUGAUGACUGAAAUGAAAUAUGACACUAAGAAAGCCCCACUUGGGAAGCUGACAGUGGCACAAAUCAAGGCUGGCUACCAGUCCCUUAAGAAGAUUGCGGACUGUAUUCGGGCUGGCCAGCAUGGGCAAGCACUCUUGGAAGCAUGUAAUGAAUUCUACACCAAGAUCCCACAUGACUUUGGACUCCGUACCCCUCCAUUAAUCCGGACAGAAAGAGAAUUAUCAGACAAAGUACAGCUGCUAGAGGCUUUGGGGGACAUUGAAAUUGCCCUUAAACUGGUGAAGACAGAGCACCAAAGCCCAGAACACCCACUGGACCAACACUAUAGAAAUCUACACUGUGCCUUACACCCUCUAGACCAUGAAAGUUAUGAGUUUCAGGUAAUUUCCCAAUACCUACAGUCUACCCAUGCUCCCACACACAGUGACUAUACCAUGACCCUGCUGGAUGUUUUUGAAGUAGAGAAGGAGGGCGAGAAAGAGGCCUUCAGAGCGGACCUUCACAACAGGAUGCUGCUAUGGCAUGGUUCCAGGCUGAGUAAUUGGGUGGGAAUCCUGAGCCAUGGACUUCGAAUUGCCCCACCUGAGGCUCCCAUCACAGGUUACAUGUUUGGGAAAGGAAUCUACUUUGCUGACAUGUCUUCCAAGAGUGCCAAUUACUGUUUUGCCUCGCACUUAAAGAACACAGGACUGCUGCUCUUAUCAGAGGUAGCUCUAGGUGAGUGUAAUGAGCUAUUAGAGGCCAAUCCUGAGGCAGAAGGAUUACUUCAGGGCAAACACAGUACCAAAGGGCUUGGAAAGAUGGCUCCCAACCCUGCCUACUCUGUCACCCUAAAUGGGACUACAGUGCCCUUAGGACCAGCAACUGGCACAGGAGUUCUGAAUCCAGAGGGUUAUACCCUCAACUAUAAUGAGUAUAUUGUCUAUAGUCCCAAUCAGGUUCAUAUGCGGUACCUUCUAAAGGUUCAAUUUAAUUUCCAGAAGCUCUGGUGAAUGUUGAUAUUUUAAAAAAGAAGGGCUAGAGGGAUGGCUUCACAGUUAAGGUGCUUGACUGUGAAGCUUAAGGACCCAUGUUCAACUUUCCAGGUCUCACAUAAGCCAGACACACAAAGGUGAG